CCGCCAUUGUCCGCCCGGCCCGUUUUGAAAGCGGCGCCCCGCGGCGCGGGCCUAGCGCGCAGGGCCCCGGGGCGCUCUGUGAUUGGCGGGCGAGAGGGAGGGAGCCGGCGCGUGCCAGGCCCCGGCGUGUCCCCGCAAUCCGCUCCGGCCGGCCCCGCGGCCCGGCCCUCCCGGGUUCCGGCCUGUGCGUGCGCAGGGCCCCGGCGGGGAGCGCGGAGCUGGGAGCGGGGCCGGCCGAGCCGAGCCGAGCCGCCGCCGCUGCUGCUGCCAUGGCGAGGGGAGGCGGGGGCUGCGGGAGGGCAUGACUCCGCGGCCCGCCCCCCGAUGAGGCGGUGGCUGGUCUGGCUGGGCUGCUACGCCGUGUUCCUGUGGGCGCUGCGGAGGAGGAUGCGGGCUGGCCCCGCCAGGUCCCUCAGGAGCGCGCUGUCCAGGUCCCUGCACGCCACGAUGAUGGGCAGCCACAGCCCGCCGGCCCCGGGCACCGCGGAGACGCACCAGUGGUAUGUGUGCAACACAGAGCAGUUGUCUGAAUCCCUUCAGCCUAUUUUUGUCCAGAGUUACCUUGACCAAGGAACACAGAUCUUCUUAAACAACAGCAUUGAGAAGUCAGGCUGGCUCUUUAUCCAGCUCUAUCACUCUUUUGUGUCCUCAAUUUUUAGCCUCUUUAUGUCUAGGACCUCUAUCAAUGGGCUGCUGGGAAGAGGCUCAAUGUUUGUGUUUUCACCAGAACAGUUUCAGAGACUGCUCAAAAUAAACCCAGAAUGGAAAUCCCAAAGACUUCUCGACUUAGGAGCUGGAGAUGGAGAGGUCACUAAGGUCAUGAGUCCUCACUUUGAAGAAAUCUAUGCCACUGAGUUGUCUGAAACUAUGAUAUGGCAGCUUCAGAAAAAGAAAUACAGAGUGCUUGGCAUAAAUGAGUGGCAGAACACAGGUUUCCAGUAUGAUGUUAUUAGCUGCUUGAAUUUACUCGAUCGCUGUGAUCAGCCACUGACUGUUUUAAAAGAUAUUAGAAGUGUUCUGGAGCCAACUAGAGGCAGAGUCAUUCUAGCAUUAGUUCUGCCCUUUCAUCCAUAUGUGGAAAAUGUAGGUGGCAAGUGGGAAAAGCCCUCAGAAGUUUUGGAAAUCAAGGGGCACACUUGGGAAGAACAGGUCAAUAGCCUGCCGGAAGUUUUCAGGAAAGCUGGUUUUGCCAUUGAAGCUUUCACCAGACUGCCAUACUUAUGUGAAGGUGAUAUGUAUAAUGACUACUAUGUAUUAGAUGAUGCUGUCUUCGUCCUCAAGCCAGUGUAAGUAUAUGUGAAGUAAAUCUUCAGAGUCAAACCCAAGAAGCAGCCUCUGAAAGAGGUGUUUGAUGUAUGAUUACUUAAAGGGAGAGGAAUUUGGGAUUGCCAUUCUAAAAAAAAUACCAUGUAAGAAUUUUAAAGGCCAAAAUACUAAUGUAUUUCUUUGUAGUACGAUUAGAAAGGACAGUUUUUUUAAAACAGACUCUUCAGUUCAGAAUUUUUUACCAACUCUUAACAAUGCAUUCUGCAAUCCAAGAGUAAUGGAAGAUAUUUUUUUAUAAUUAAUUGCAGUAGGAAUCAGAAUUGGACAGAAGCAAUAGUCAUGAUGAUACACAAACUGAUACAAGGUGUGGAUUGUUGUUAAAGCAAUCAAGUGAAAUCUGGCCAUAAGGCUGUCCAUUCAGUUCAAAAACAUUGUUGACUAUAAAGUGUCGGAAUGGAUAUUCUUCCAUGUUAAGAAGUUACUUGACCUCUGACUGUCGUUCUUCAUGUUUUUAAUCAUGCUAAUAAACUUUUUGAGAUGA